AUGCAUUGCACAGGUGCUGGUCAUUUACGCUAUUCGCUACUAUCAUCUGACACAUCUAAUACACUGUCAACUCCUUCCAUACCACAACAAUCUGCACCACGGACAAUUUCUUCAGUUAUAACAAAGAAAACAACCGGUGAACAACUAUAUCAGGUUUGUCUUGCUGCUGCUUCAAAUGGAUCGCAUUUUGGAGCAAAAACAUGCGCUGCAUGUGCUGCAUUUUUCAGACGAACAGUUAGCGACGAAAAGAACUAUAUUUGCAAGCGAUCACAGCGUUGUGAUAUAAAGUUAAAUAACGCCACUGGCUAUCGAAAGAUAUGCCGUAGUUGUCGCAUGAAACGAUGUCUUCAUAUUGUUUAUUGCUGGCAUAUCUAA